AGGCAACUGUUCACACACUCUUUCUGUUUAGCUGCUUGCUCACAAGGGCAUCAGAUCCCCUUUAUUCAAACCCUUCCUUGGCUUAACUCUGCUCCCAUUCCAGCCAGUGCAGGGCCCGAGGCGACCACCAUGGCGAACCAGUACAACAUCGAUGAGGAGAAGAUCCUGAAGGACAGUCAUACCAAAGAGAUUGACUUGAUCAACAGGGACCCCAAGCAAAUUAAUGAGGAUGUCGUGAAGGUAGACUUUGAGGAUGUGAUUGCCGAGCCUGAUGGCACACACAGUAUGGAUGGAGUGUGGAAAGCCAGCUACACCACCUUCACCAUCUCCAAGUACUGGUGUUACCGCAUACUAUCUGCCGUCUUUGGUAUCCCAGUUGCUCUGCUGUGGGGAUUCUGCUUCGCCUGCAUCUCUUUCUGCCACAUCUGGGCCGUCAUGCCCUGCAUCAAGAGCUACCUGAUUGAAACCCAGUGUCUGAGUCGAAUCUACUCGCUCUGCAUCCACACAUUCUGUGACCCCUUCUUCGAGGCACUGGGGAAAGUAUUCAGCAGCAUACGAGUGAUGCUUCGCAAGGAGGUUUAGGGGUCACAAAAACAAUGUUCACAAUGGCUGCCAGGGAAAUUGGGUGUUCUUUUGGUUUUGUUUUAUUUUUAUAAAAGAGAUCAGACCUUGAUGGGCUUAAGUCUCAUCCCCAUUGCCUUUAUAUGAAUGAAGAGUAGGUAGAUGUACAUAAUGGUGACUGAAUGCUGCUGCUUAGACAGUUUUUGAGGUGUGGUCAGAGGUGUUUAGGCAGUUCAUCUGGAGUUACUCACCUGUUCAGAGAAAUAUUUAUGUUGAAGAGUAUUUGAGCGUUGAGAGCAGAUGACAAGUCUUAUGCGUUUAUGUGAUAAGGCCUUUUCUCUGUAUGCUAAUUAAACAUUAUUAUUGGGUACAAGUUUAUUACUUUUAUGUAUUCCUGUAAUGUUAAAAAAGAAAUGAAAGAAAAUGAAAUUGCGUGUGCAGUAAUAUGAUUCUCAUGUUCUUACCUUCCUAAAUUAGAUAAAUCUAAAUGUUUUGAUUUAUCACACAUGUGAUAUGGA